GGCGCUGCAGCAUGCGCUCGGACAGGGACACCGGCUGACACAUGAGCGCUCCCUUCAUCACUGCUCUGCUCCGCCCUGCGCCUUUGCGGACUCUGGGACGAGACACGGAUUGUAUGAGGUCGUGUGAUAUUGUAGGUGCUUUUGGUGGCCGAACUCGGCACUUGGUACUCCGAAACCACCUCUGAAGCCCACCGAGAGGUCUGAUACAGCCUGUGAAAGCCUCAGGUGCAAAGUUGGUCAGUGGCAGGCUGAAAGAGAUGAAGACGUUCGUCGUGUUCCUGGCAGCUCUGCUGCUCCCAACUAUCCACGCAGUAUGCCCAGAUAAGGAGCCAGGACUGCAACCAUGGAUGCCAGGACACAGUGAAGACCACCGUGUGACGAUCAGUUAUGGCAGGAAGGUCCUUCUCACAACUUCAGCUACUGUCCACUCUAUUGAGAUUCUCAGCGGAGGAAAGCUGGUGAUUGCUGACACCAACCGGCAUAUACUACUUCGGACAAAACACAUUCUGAUUGGGAACAAGGGGGAGCUGCACAUUGGAAGCCCAGACUGUCCUUAUAAAGGCAACCUCACCAUCUCGCUAUUUGGAAGACUGGAUGACAGCGAUGAGGAGCACAGCUACUUUGGGAGAAAGUACAUUGGCGUGGGGACAGGGGGGACACUAGAGAUUCACGGAGAAAGGAAGCUGUCCUGGACAUUCCUCAACAAGACCCUCCAUCCCAGAGAGAGCAGUCAAAACAACUAUCUGUUCCAAAGAAGCUGGGGGAAUCGAGGCAUCAUAAUCCACAUAAUUGACCCCAAGACAGGAGAGGUGCUGCAUGAUGACAGGUUUGACACGUACCGCAGCAAAAAUGAGAGUUAUCGCCUUGCAAAAUAUGUCGAUGGCAUAAAGCCUGGGCUCAUACUGGCGAUGAUGGUCAAUGACGAGGGCUCUAACAACUUGGAGGACUCCGCUAAGAAGAGUAUAUCCAAGCUUGGCAGCAAAUACAUCAGGAGUCUCGGCUUUCGGCAUCCCUGGACCUUUAUAGUGGCAAAAGGUGAUGUGGCUUCUGUUGUGGAGGACACUGCUGUCUAUCAAGGGACUAAGGAAUCUUCAGAGGCCCGGAGCGCUCGAGUUUUUCAGUCAAGUUUUGGGGAGCAUUUCACCGUCACUGUCAGCAGCCAGUGGGUCCAAGAGGCAGAGUGGUCAAAUUGGUUUGACAGGGAUGAUGAAAGGGGAUCUGGAGACUGGGAGAAAUUGUCUGAUCUGCAUAAGGCCUAUCCAGACCACCUAUGUAACAGCCCGUUGGACAUUCAGGCUGAAACCCAUGACGGCAUUCCAUCCAACCAGACGGGAGAUGUGAUCCACAAGAAAGACAAGGACUAUGGCUUUGUCUGUCUCAACAAAGACCAGACUCAUGGCCUGUGUCACAACUACAGGGUCCGCUUCCUCUGUGGAAAACUAGUUCGUCCACAGGCCUCUGUUUCCAUCGACAUGAUGUCAAACAGCAGCAUCCUGGAGCUGGCUGACCAACCUGCAGGCUGGGGGCCUGGGGAUCGGGUGGUGGUGGCCAGUACAGACUACUCAAUGCACCAGGCUGAAGAGUUUACACUGUUGCCCUGUCCGACCUGCGCAUCCAACCAGUUGAAGGUCAGAGGUAAAGCCAAGUUUAUCCACAUGGGAGAGGAGGUGGAUGGGGUAGAUAUGAGGGCUGAGGUCGGCCUGCUGAGUCGUAAUAUCCUGCUUCGUGGUGAGAUGGAGCCCAGCUGCUAUGGCAAUGAGGCCUGCAAGUUCUUCAACUUUGACACUUUCGGGGGACAUUUGAAGGUGGAGCAUGGUUUUAGGGCAGUUCAUAUAUCUGGGAUGGAGCUGCAGCACAUGGGCCAGCAGACCAUGGGACACUAUCCUGUCCAUUUUCACAUGAAUGGAGAUGUGGAUGAGAGGGGAGGCUAUGACCCUCCAACGUCUGUCAGCGAUUUAUCCAUUCACCACUCUUUCUCCCGCUGCGUCACUAUCCAUGGCUCCAAUGGACUGAUGGUAAAGGAUGUGGUGGGAUAUGACACACUAGGCCACUGUUUUUUCACCGAGGAUGGUCCAGAAGAAAGGAAUACAUUUGAGCACUGUUUGGGUCUGAUGGUUCGAGCAGGGACCCUGCUGCCUUCAGACAGAGAUAGCAAAAUGUGUCGUGACAUCACUGAUGGAGCAUAUCCAGGAUAUGUGCCCAAUCCACGUCAAGAUUGCAGUGCAACUUCCACUUUCUGGAUUGCCAACCCUAAUAACAACCUCAUCAACUGUGCUGCUGCAGGCUCAGAGGAAACAGGCUUCUGGUUCAUUUUCCACCAUGUGCCCACAGGCCCCUCAGAGGGGUUAUACUCCCCUGGAUAUACAGAGCACACACCUAUGGGCCAGUUCACCAACAACAGAGCCCAUUCUAACUUCAGGGCUGGAAUGAUCCUUGAUAAUGGAGUUAAGACGACCCAGGCAAACAACAAGGACAAGAGACCCUUCCUGUCUCUGAUAGGAGCCAGGUAUGGCCCCCAUCAGGAUUCUGACCCGUUCAAACCUAGAGUCCCAGCUCUCAUCCACCACUUCAUUGCCUAUAAGAACCAGGACCAUGGAGCUUGGCUGAGAGGAGGGGAUGUGUGGCUAGAUGACUGCCAAUUUGCUGAUAAUGGCAUUGGCCUCACUUUAGCAAGUGGAGGGACAUUUCCAGAUGAUGACGGCUCUCGUCAGCAGGUGAAGAACUCACUUUUUGUGGGUGAAAGUGAUAAUCAUGGUAUGCCCUUGCCAGACAAGAGGAUUUGGGGCCCUGGGGGUUCUGAUCUUACUGACAGGACCCUGCCACGUGGCAUUGAUUUUCCAAUCCGGGGCAUGCAGAUCUACGAUGGGCCGAUCAAUGUACAGAACUGUACAUUUAGGAAAUACACGGCACUAGACGGAAGGCACACCAGUGCCUUUGGCUUCAGGCUCAACAAUUCAUGGCAGAGCUGCCCCAACAAUAAUGUCACCAACAUCACCUUUGAUCACGUACCUAUUACAUCUCGGGUGUUUUUUGGGGAGCCAGGUCCCUGGUUCAGUAAAAUGCAGAUGGACGGGGACAAGACGACCAUAUUCCAUGAUAUUGAUGGAUCAGUCAGUGAGUAUCCCGGAGCUUUCCUGGUUAAAGAAGACAACUGGCUGCUUCGUCACCCUGACUGCAUUGAUGUGCCUGACUGGAAGGGUGCUAUCUGCAGUGGGCACUAUGCACAGAUCUAUAUUCAAACACGAAACCCUGCCAACCUUAACAUGCAGAUAGUGAGGGAUGAAUAUCCUGAUCGACCCCUAACACUUGAAGGUGCCCUGGAGAAGAGGAAACAUUACCAGCAGUUCCAGCCAGUGGUCACCCUGGCCAAAGGCUAUACCAUCCACUGGGAUCAGGCGGCACCUGCUGAGGUCACCAUCUGGCUCAUCAACUUCAACAAGAAUGACUGGAUCAAUGUGGGCCUCUGCUAUCCACAAGGUACCACCUUCACAAUCCUGUCUGACAUCCACAAUCGGCUGACCAAACAAACCCGCAAGACUGGCGUCUUCAUGAGGACGACUCAGAAGGAGAAGAUCAACCACUCGCACUUGGCCAGAGGAUAUUACUACUGGGAAGAAGACACUGGCCUCCUCUUCCUGAAGGUGAAAGCCCACAAUCACAGAGAGACCUUUGCCUUCUGCUCUGUGAAGGGUUGUGAGAGGGUGAAGAUCACAGCAAUCAUACCAAAAGGCAGUCCACCCAGCAACUGCUUGGCUAAGGCGUACCCCAAACAUGCUGAGCUGCCCAUUGUCGAUGUUCCAAUGCCCAGAAAAAUUCCCACUGUCAGGCUGCACUCAUCAGAGCACUUCCUGGAGAUCAAACUGGAGUCCUACAACACCCGCUUCUUCCACAUCAAGGAGGACUUUGCCUUUACUGAGGUAAAUGGCAAGAAGUUGUACCAACCUGAAGAUGGAGUGCACCUGACAGUAAUUGAUGGGCAUGAUGGGAAGGUGGUGGACACGAAAGGCUUCAGGAAUUCCAUCCUCCAGGGAAUUCCUGCAGAGAUAGACAACUACAUCAGUGGACUGAGAGACAAUUCCAUUGUCCUCAUGACAUCCAAGGGUCGCCUGGUUACCAGAGGAUCCUGGACCAAAGUCCUGGGGAAACUUGGCGUAGAGAAAAGCGUCAAUUUGAAAGAUAAGCUGGCAUUUGUGGGCUUUAAGGGCUCCUACCACCCUGACUGGGUGUAUCUGGAGGUGGACAGCGAACGAGCUAAGAUCCAUCAAGUUUUGCCCGUGCCUGUGAUCCACAAGAUGAAGCUAUGAGUGGCAGUCAGAGUGGGGAGGACGAGCCAAGUGACUAUUUGGCCCUGAGAUACUGACACACACACACAACACCCCCACAAAAAUAACAUAAAUGCAAAGUCACACACACACGCACACUACAGUCAGUUGCUCCAAGCCACUGAUCCAGGAUCAUGUGGUGUUUAUUCUGCGUUUGAUUAUGAGAAAGUAUGAUGUGAAAGUAUGUGAAAGGUGGAGGCACCCCUCACAAAGCUAGCACUGCCCGUGAUGAACUGUCAGGUGAUAACACCCGCUCUGGCAGCCAUGUUAGCGGUCAGCUCAUGGCGGCAGUGGUUCAGAACAGCCAGUGGUGUCUACGCAAAUGUGGCUGUCUGUAGAAACUAUUAAUAGGUGAUGAUAGAUGAUGAUGGUCACUAUUGAAUCUUUUUUCUGACAGAACACUGCCAACAACAUUGAUUUGUUUACAUAAUGCUAGCUUGCUGGCUAAAGUCACCAUUGGAUUUUGCAAACCUGAUAGUUGUUAAGAGACCAACUGAAGUUAACCUCUAACAUUCACUCCUUUUUUAGGACAUUUUCCUGUACAAGAGGAAAAGCUCGUAACAGAGGCCAAAGUGCAUGUAUAAGAUUUCAUUGGAACAGCAACAGCUAACUAUUUCUGAAAACCUGCUUGUUCCAUACGGCUAAAGCACAACCAGACCCCAACUUUAAUCCUUAAAAGGUUUUUGGCACUUACCAAUUUUAAGACUAACAAUCAGUGUUUUGAUAUGUUUGCUCCCAGCAGCUGGGAUUGGCCCCUUUAACUAAAGGUCAUCAGGUCUUUGACACAACCAAAAAUCUUAAAUAAAUCUUUCACAGAUUUGAGCUUUAGCACAGAAAUCAGUGUUCAACCUGUAGUGAAAAAAAGUCUUAUUAUUUGCACUUGACAUUGAAAUGUUUAAAAAACAGCACAAAUUGUAGAUCACUGCUAAAACUAGCCACACCUGUGAGCGUUAUUUGGGCAUUGUGCUCACAUGUUAUUUCACCCAGCUAAAAUCUUUAAAUCUGACCCAACUGCAUGGAUUUAAUCGAAUAUGGCUGUGAGCUGCUAGAAUUGCUGUUCUAGGAGUCGUUUGGAACACAAACGCUAUGAACAAGUUCUUCUUUCACCAAAUGAUUGUUUCCCAUUUCAAAGACAGGACAACACGGGAUUCAAUACUAGUUUAAAUCACAACAGCAGCCACACUGACAGCACAUUGUCAUUAGACUAACAGACAAGCCAGUUUUUGAUUGGCACAUUUUGGUCUAGCAGCUGAACAGCAUGUUCCUUCCGAGGUUCGUGACUGCUUGCAAAAUAACUGGAACUCAUUUCAUACUUGUUUGUAUGUGUCACUGGGACAGUUAAUGGUUGGAUAAGGAGAGCAGUAUACAAUUAACUGGUUACAAAGUUUUUCACAGAGUACUGAGACAGCACUCUGAUAUAUAUGGGCCAAUAUGGAAGUCUGUAAUAGAGCUAUACAUACAUCUGAAUGAGGAAAACAUGGUGCCAUCCAGAUUAAGUUGUAAUUAACAAAGCUGCAAAAUAUGUAAUGCUGAUGCUUUUCAGUUAGAUCAUUUCUAAUAUAUGCACAUGGCAACUAAAGCCAGAUUACAAACAACACAACUGUCCUUCUAUUAACAGGACAGGAGGUACUGAGGUACUCGGAUACAGUUCAGCGCUUUGUAGCCUGGUUGAUAUGUGUACAUUAUGAACUACUGGACAAUUCUCCAGCAGACCUUCAUGUCAGCCACGGUUACUAGGCAGUUUCUGGAGCAAAUACUAAGUUUGAGUUGUCUUUUCAAGCACAUGUGUGAUGUAUGUGCAUCAUUAAUCAUCCUGUGAUGUGUAACAGUUGAGUGAUUCUAAUGUUCUGCUCCGUUUAAUUAAACUGGUGAAUGACAGAAAAGAAGAGAAGAAACAAAAACAUUCCUGGUUUGCAUCCCAGCUGGUGGUUAACUUGCUUUGUUGCAUUCCGAGCACUCGCUCACUUGAUAUUGUGAUGUCGUCUUCUAAUGAUGGUUUGGGUUUUUUUUUGUUUUUGUCAGUGUUUGCGAUCCAUCUGCCUGUCAGUUGGAAUGAACCAGCAAGAAGCCCAUAAAGAUAUAAAAGAUGAAAUUGAGCAGUCCACUGAAUGUUUAAUCAGGUUGUUUUUAAAUGUGUCGUUCCCCCCUCUUCAAAAUGAUUCCAAUGUGACCAGAAAAAACGAUUCUUCUCCCUUUACCGAAAUAGCUGGUCUUUUUUCGGAGGUUGUAGCAGUAAUUUAGCGUUUUGUAUGUAUGUAUGUGUUUUUAAAGAUCCACAGGUUGCUAAGAGAUAUAUUUUAUACUUAUUUAUUGUACAGACACUCUUGAUGUAAAUCUACGAGGGACUUGUUUUGAGUUGUAAUGUUAUUACUGUCCUGUAUGUAUACUGGAUGUAGGAAAAGAAACCAUCAUAGGUCCACUUAUUGCAUACAUGCAUAUGACUCCUGGUAUAGUUGCCUUGUUUUAACUGUACACCAAAUGGAUGUGUUGUAUAAGUGGCUUAGGCUUGUAAAGUGAUGAAACUCCAUGAUUUGAAUUUGUUUGAGGAUUUUUGUACAUAAAUAAAGACAAUUUGUCUUCAUAUCUCGGUGUCCCUGAUUAAACCAACAGCAACACGGUGGCCCCCGGCGUGACUAGCAACCACAGCGUGGACGUUAACUGGGAUCCAAGUGAAUGAACAAAAUAUAAUUUUAUUGCUUAAAAAAAAAAACCAAAAAAAAAAAAAAAAACCACCAAAUCAGACUGAUUGCACAUUUUAAGAUCAAGGCCACAAUAAUGGUACUGAAGAGUAAUAUGUAAUAGCUGAGUUGCAGCUGCACCAUCCACAUGACAUCCCCACAGUUCUGCUAAUUUUAGCCUGUUUUGUGAAUAAAGUCUCUACUGAUAUAUACACAACCUGCCUCUCACCCAGUGACAGCUUUAUGCCUUUUAGGAUCCAUUUCAUGUAUACCGACACAAAAAGCUUGUGUGCCCUCUGUUGGCCAAAGCUUUAAUUACAAUGUACUGUCAGUAGCUUUUACUUAAACUUUGGUUUCAAGUCCUGCUCAGUUUGUUUAUGCUGGUAUCAGCAGCAUCAUCACGUGGCUGUACUGUACAUCAGCAGUCCCCAACCGUUUUUGCACCAAAGACCAGUUUAAUGUCAGACAAUAUUUUAACAUUUGACAAUAUUUUAUCCUAUUGUAUAUUUUAUUCUAUUUAUUCUACUGUAUAUAGUAUUUUAUUUUAUUCUAUUCUGUACAGUUGUGUA